CCGAGGACAGAGAGGAGGUUGCCAAAGAACUAACACCCCCUUACAGGGAGGCUUUUUUAGUGUUUCUUUUUUAAACAAAGGACACUGAUUUUUUUUUUUUUUUUUUUUUUACAUUUAUUUUUCUCAAAGCAAUCAAAAAGAGUGCGUGGAAAGCUCAAGCAGAAAGCUCAGCCUCUUAACGCCGGCUCCACAGCGCGCCGUUAACUGGGAUUAAGAAAGUCAACUAACGCUUCACAGCACCGGGAUUUCAACAGCACGGAGCCUCCCGACGGCAAAUCCAGCAAGAUCUCGAAGCAGCAGCUGCUUCUCCCCACGGAUGCCACUGAACCCCGAAUUUGGGCGCAUCCCACUUUGGAAAAUCAGCUGGAAAUCCAUCGUGCCUUCCCUUCGCGGACAGUGAGCGCUGCCAGCCAGAGCCUUGGGUCGUCUCUGCCGGCAGCCGGGUCAGGCAGAGUCUUUUCCCAUGCUGGUGGAGCAGGGCUCCCAGCAGACUCCCGGAGCUCCCAGUCCAUCCCAGCUGACCAGCAGAUGAUCCAGCGCAUUUCCCCAAAAGAGGUGUGCUGGGGGAACAAGGGCCAAGACACGAGGUACCUGUAUCAUUUUUGAUUAAUAUUUGUGGAUUAAUGCUGUAAAUACGAGCCAAGAAGAUUUAAGAGAAAGUCACUGAGCCAUGCAAGUGAAUUAAUUUGCCUUUACACAAAAUGCGGCUGGUUGUCAGCCUUUUACAAGCAGGAACGUUAUUUCUUUCCUAUGCCAAAGACUGACUGCAUUUGCUCUCCUGCUUUACUUCUGCCGUGGAGGAAAUUUAAGCAAGAACAUGUAUAGUGAAUUGCUAAAUUCAACCGGUACCACUGAAGCUCACCUUAUCAUUCAGACCAACACGCCCUACCUGAGCGGCACACCGAGACCCGUGAGCUCCUCCGCUUUUUACAUGUCGACAGCCAGGGUGUUAAAAGAAGGGGAAAUAAAUAAGCCAGACCUGGUGACUUACAUCAUUCUGUUUUUCUUUCUGCUCUUGACUGUGACGCUCAUUGUGCUCUUCAUAAACUGCCAGCUGAAAAAUUCUUUUUUUGCUACUCUUCCUUACGACAGAUCGCUCAGAGAAGCGAGGAGCCCGUGGAGGACACAAGCUGUCUGACACUAGAGAGCAACUAUGUCUUACAACAGUAGCAGGCACCAGAAACCCUGUGCAAUAAGGCGUUAUUGCCAUGUGUCAGUGAAUGGAUGUGACCCUCUUUAGAGUAAUAGCCUGCAUCGCAGGAAAAGAUUGCUGAAAAAUAUGCUGUACGCAAAUCUGAAUAGCUGUAAAUAAAAAGCUCUGUUAUGAACUGGAGAAUGCUUUAGCAAAUUUAUACAGUUUUAUGCAAAAAAUUGCCCCAUGAUUCCAGAUUAAGCUCUAUAUGUAUGCAAAUGUCAUCAUCCACCCAUUCAGUGUCCAUACAAGGAUAUUUGCAUUAACAACAGUCUCUGAUUUGGGCAUCUGGUGGAGCUUGUUACCCGUGUUUAUGAAACCAUAGCAUCAAAUGUAAAAAACACAGUAUAUUUACCUAACAGCUCCACGCUGAGGAUAUGAGUUUACUUUCCAGACCCAUUUCUCUCAACUGCUGCUGAAACUGCGUGGUAAUGCAGUGGGAGUCCUGCCAGGCAGGAGGAGAAAACGAAAAAAUGUUUAUUUAGACUUUUGAUUGUGAUUCUGUUAAGGGUGUUUUUGAUAGUUUCCUGCAUCGUCGAUCAGGUUUUAAGUUACCGGUUAUGUGAAACACUAUAUACCCAAGGAAUUUGUUUUCAACUUUCUUAAGUUACAAAGGAAAUUAUUCACCACAGCAUAAAACUAAAAUAAUCAGGAUAGGGAGAAGGAAGGAGAGAAAAUAAAUAUCAUUAACAGUAUGUAAACUAAUGAAAGGGGAGAGCAGAGUGCUCCGAGUUCAGUACAAAAAGUAGAUAACUUCUGAAAGCCAUAAACUACAGUUUUAUAAGAAUAGUUGCUUUAAUGCACAAUAUCCCCACUCCUUGCUCUUUAUACAAAUCUAGCACAAUUAGAAGCAUGCUUUGUCAAUACGGCAACAGCUUGAUUCAACACUGAUCACUGGCAAAAAUCACCAUUUUCAAUUAUUAGCUAUCCGAUUUUGUUCCAAAAGCUUCUGCUGAACCUCAUUAGCUGACAUGCUAUUUUAUAGAUGCUGAUUUCUAGUAAACUUACAGUUACAGCACAAUUCCAGAUCAAACUGCAUGAACCCCAGAACAGUAUUUGUGUUUCCCACAAACAGUGGGCAAAGGGCUUGUUUUUUUUUUUGACCCCAGUGGCUCAGCAUACAACUGAAUUGCAGCUAUCCAGAAACAGAGUCCUAAACUCUAUUUUAGCUCCAGUUUUUUGCUAGUGGAUCAUCCAUCAGAAGAAUGGGGUUCAAGUCGUGUCAGAUGCUGUGCCCCUAAAUCCGUUCUUAACAUGCGGAGUACAGCAGAGGUGCUGUGUGUAUGUAUGUACAUAACUUAUUUAAUCCAAAUGAGGAGAUUUUACAAUGCAACUACACGCACAUGCAGGCUUGCACUUGAGCACACAGACAAAACGUGUAUAUACAGGAGCCUGUUUGCAAGUUGUUUUUUUACACAGAAACUGCACAGUUGAUAACACUUCCAUGUCAUUGUCUUGGUUACCAUGUUUUAUUAUGCUCCAGUAAGUUGAACUACUAUACAACAGGCUUAAAUAUUUUAUUCCUCGAUAGGUGGCCAAUUUUUAUCUCCUCUGAACCAAAUUUAACUGGUGUAAUUCCAAGUAAUUACUCUAAUGUAGAAAGCGAGAUUAAAUUCAAGUGUGUUUAUCUCAGCCCUUUUUGAAUAAAUCAAGUUUUAUCAAAUCA